AGGAGGAGCCGCAGCACAUGGAGCUGGAGAGGACUGGGAGAACUGUCUGCAGCCAGCCCCGGCCAGAGCAGAUUACUUGAGGAAAAUGGAAACAGAUGAGGCUCAAGAUAUGUCUCAGGUUUCAGGAAAGGAAAGUCCUCCAAUAAGUGAUGUCCCAGAUGAUGCAGAUGAGCCCAUGCCUGUACCAGAAGACCUUUCAACCAGUACAGGAGGACAGCAGAAGAAUGACAGAGUUUUGGCCAGUAAUAUUAAAAUAGAGACUCAGAGUGAUGAAGAGAAUGGGCGUGCCUGUGAAAUGAAUGGGGAAGAAUGUGCGGAGGAUUUACGAAUGCUUGAUGCCUCUGGAGAGAAAAUGAAUGGCUCACACAAUGGCCCAGGCAGCAAAGCUAUGUCAGGAGUUGGAGGCAUUCGACUUCCUAACGGAAAGCUAAAAUGUGAUAUCUGUGGGAUAAUUUGCAUCGGUCCCAAUGUGCUCAUGGUUCACAAAAGAAGCCACACUGGGGAACGCCCUUUCCACUGCACUCAGUGUGGAGCCUCCUUUACUCAGAAAGGCAACCUCCUCCGCCACAUAAAGUUGCAUUCAGGCGAAAAACCCUUCAAAUGUCACUUGUGCAACUAUGCCUGCCGACGCAGGGAUGCCCUCACGGGCCACCUGAGGACUCAUUCUGUUGGCAAACCUCACAAAUGUGGAUACUGUGGCCGAAGCUAUAAACAGCGCAGCUCUUUAGAAGAACAUAAAGAACGCUGCCACAAUUACCUGCAAACCAUGAGCCUCUCAGGCAGCUUGUAUCCAGUCAUAAAAGAGGAAACUAACCAGAGUGAAAUGGCUGAAGACUUGUGCAAGAUAGGGUCAGAGAGAUCCCUCGUGUUGGAUAGACUAGCAAGUAACGUCGCCAAACGUAAGAGCUCUAUGCCUCAGAAAUUUGUUGGUGAGAAAUGCUUGUCUGAUGUUCCAUACGAUGCCACCACUAAUUAUGAGAAGGAGAGUGAGAUGAUGCAGACUCAUGUUAUAGACCAGGCCAUUAACAAUGCCAUCAGUUACCUAGGGGCAGAGUCUUUGCGUCCCCUUGUGCAGACACCUCCAGGCAGCUCUGAAGCAGCACCUAUUAUCAGCUCCAUGUAUCAACUCCACAAACCUCUUGGGGACAAUCACGCUCGUUCCAAUCAUACUGCUCAGGACACCGCGGUGGAAAACUUGUUGCUGCUUUCCAAAGCCAAAUCCAUCUCCUCUGAAAGGGAUGCCUCCCCCAGCAACAGCUGCCAAGACUCAACAGAUACAGAGAGUAAUAAUGAGGAGCGCAGCGGUUUAAUUUACCUGACGAAUCACAUAGUUCCCCAUGCAAGAAAUGGCCUGUCUAUAAAAGAAGAACAGAGGCAAUAUGAAGUCCUGAGGGCAGGUACUGACAAUUCUCACGAUGCUUUCAAAGUGAUCACCAGCAAUGGGGAGCAAGUAAAAGUUUACAAGUGCGAACACUGUAGAGUUCUUUUCUUGGAUCAUGUGAUGUACACCAUCCACAUGGGCUGUCAUGGGUUCCGCGAUCCUUUCGAAUGCAAUAUGUGUGGCUACCACAGCCAGGACAGAUAUGAAUUCUCUUCUCACAUAACACGAGGGGAGCACCGUUUCCACAUGAGUUAAAACCCCUCCCACACAGAUGCGACCUUGUCAGCUGUACUACUGGAGCUGUAUGAAUGACAAAAAACACCAGUCUGUUGGACAGAAAAAGCAUCCAGCAAUGAAAAUUAGAAGACCUGGCCCCAGGAGUUUUCUCUCUUGGUAGCAUAUAUUGCAACUUAAUUUUAUAAAAUGCAUAUUGAUGUUUUUAUUGCAAAUAUUUGGAUCACCAAACCUUUAGUAAGUAGGAGCUUUUGUAGUCAGGUAGCUGAAUCCACUUCCUUCUAGCUAUUGCUUUCUGCAGACUUCUCUCCCCAACACAGUUAAGCAUGUACACAAUGCACAAAAACUUGGCUGAGGGCUAGAAAGGCCUUGUGCUAACAUGCUGAGAAUAGGGCUCUUACACCAGACACAUAUAUUUUUUUUACUUCCCAUUAUUACUUGGGUCAUUAGGAAGACUUAAUUAAAAUAAAGACAAAGCAGCCCAACCAGGACCCUUGAGUGGUGCCAUGGGGACCUGGAAUGGUGUUGCAAGCCUAGACCCUUAACUGGCACUAUUUUAACAGUGAAGUAAAAUAACACAAUAGCACACACCGAGGUGUGUAUUUUCUUGCCUGCAUGGCAUACCUUAUUUCUAUUGUGAAGCAUAAGGCCAGCUGUUUGAAGGACAUGAGCAACACCCUUGCAAUACAUACUCUGGAGUGACAAUUGCAUUUAUUUGGAGAAAAGGGUUUUGUUGACUUUUUAAAAUAAAUAUUUUCCCUCCCUAUCCAAUAAAAACUCACUUUUUCCUUAAAAAUAUAAGGUUUAAAAAUCUUUCUGCAUAAGAAAACAGCCAUUUAUGAGGAUUUUUAAAAGGGAGUUUUAAUUAUUUAGAAAAAUACGAUAUUCAGUAGGAGAGAGAAAAUGUUUGGAGAAUAUUUUUAUGCACCCUUCUUUCAUUUUGGGGGCAAAAUUUUUACAACUGGCUGCAAAAUUUCCACGUUCACCCAUUUUGCAUAUGAAAAUGCCCAUUCUGCUUGCAUAGCAAGUACUCUGGCUAAUUUUGUGGGCUGUGUCUGGAAAAUUUAGCCCACAAUGAUUUUUUUUGAAGCACUGAAAUGAAUUAAACAGCCAUUUAAAAAACUUAGUGCCUAUCCCUCCCCUUUCUCUACAAUUAACUAUUCAUUAAGAGAUCCAUCCUGCAAGAUACUGAGCACUCUGGCCCUGAUCUAGCAAAGCACUUCAGCAUUUGUCUGAGUAGUCACAUGAACAUAAAUAGAACUAUUCUUAUGCUUAAAGAGAAUCCCAAAUUUAAGGGGCUUUUUGCUGGAUUGAGGGCAGAGCAAGGAUCAAGCCCUAUGAAACCAAAAACAUUUAUUCUAUCGUCCCCCUCCAUUUAGCGCCCCCUUCUUGGCAAGAUCCUCCCAACUAGCUAUUUAAAUGCUAGUAAAAUGAAAAGACAUCUGAAGCACAAAGACAGCUGAUAGUAAAAACUGCCAAUCUGUUUGUCUCUUCUUUAGUUCCUCUUCCAAAUAGCUCAUUCCUCUCCGCAAACAGCCUACUGGCUUUAAGACUGGGUAAUAGUGAUAUUUAUGCAACUUGGUUAAGAAUCGCCUUGCAGAGCUGGAAUAUUUCCACAACAGUACAGGUACUAAUAAUUAAUGUCUGAGUUGCCCAACCCAUUGAAUGUACAAACAUUUCCACUGUAUAAGAGAUUGGUACUACCCCAUAAACAAAAAAAACAUGUAUUGCAACAAGACCAUUUCUUAAGUUUUGUAA